CCCAAUCUCCAGCAGGUGUCAUGGGGCCAUCACUCCAUUGGGGUCAGUGGGGCCAGAUCCCCAGCUGGGGUCACUCGGCCGUCGCUCCAUUGGGGUCAGUGGAGCCUGAUCCCCAGCUGGGCUCACGGGGCCGUCACUCCAUUGGGGUCAAUGGGGCAGAUCCCAGCUGGGAUCACUCAGCCGUCGCUCCAUUAGAGUCAGUGGGGCCAGAUCCCCAACUGGGGUCACUCGGCUGUCGCUCCAUUGGGGUCAGUGGGGCAGAUCCCCAGCAGGGGUCACUCGGACGUCGCUUCAUUGGGGUCAGUAGGGCAGAUGCCCAGCUGGUGUCAUGGGGCCGCCGCUCCAUUGGGGUCAGUGGGGCCCGAUCCCCAGCUGGGGUCACGGGGCCAUCACUCCAUUGGGGUCAAUGGGGCAGAUCCCAGCUGGGGUCACUCAGCCGUCGCUCCAUUAGAGUCAGUGGGGCCAGAUCCCCAACUGGGGUCACUCGGCUGUCGCUCCAUUGGGGUCAGUGGGGCAGAUCCCCAGCAGGGGUCACUCGGACGUCGCUUCAUUGGGGUCAGUGGGGCAGAUGCCCAGCUGGUGUCAUGGGGCCGUCGCUCCAUUGGGGUCAAUGGGGCAGAUCCCAGCUGGGGUCACUCGGCCGUCGCUCCAUUGGGGUCAGUGGGGCCAGAUCCCAGCUGGGGUCACUCGGCCAUCGCUCCAUUGGGGUCAGUGGGGCCAGAUCCCCAGCUGUGGUCACUCGGCCGUCGCUCCAUUGGGGUCAAUGGGGAAGAUCCCAGCUGGGGUCACUCGGCCGUCGCUCCAUUGGGGUCAGUGGGGCCCGAUCCCCAGCAGGUGUGAAUCCAUGUAGCUCCAGUGAUUUCCACCAGCUAACAAUCUCACUCACUCUGCUUGUUGUCUUGCUGGUGCCCAGUCCAGCCAUGAAAGUAUUAAACUAGCCAU